GGACAUGGGUACUAGUUGAUUUUUCUGACAACUCCGGAAACUGUUAGCUUAGCUUGCUAUCUGUUUUAUUAUAAAGGUUAAACGUAUAAACGUUGUAUUUGCGGUUUUGUUUCAUUUAUAGCAAAAACUCAUGAACAUAGCUCGACGCUGUUAAUAAGUUCAUACGCAGAGCAUCUGGGUCGAAAAAACAGGAAAAUCCUCCUAUGUUGAGUCAGUUGUAGAUAGCCGGCUAACCUGUAGUAGUUAGUAGUUUGUAGUUUAGUUAAUUAACGCUGGAUGGUUUAAUUCUUAAACCCGCUGUCUGAACGGAGGACCUGAUGGAUAUUUUUAUUGUUUUAGCUUGACAGCGAGUGUAACGUUGCCUGGUUUUCUGACUGCUAAGCAACCGUGACAUCUAGACUAGUUUAAGGUUAAUACGCCACCAUAUUAUAGUAUCAGUUCAUUAGGAGUUAGCAGUAGUCAUGGGUCACAUCGAGCGCAUGUGGAUCUUUCCCAUGGGCUUGUGAGCUCAGACUGGCUUUUUAAUGGGAGCCGAGCCGCGUCUUUGUCAGACCUGUGGGCGAUACUCGCGCAGACGGAAGAAGAACCGGCGGCCCGAAUGGAGUCGUUGGCAGGCUACGUUUAUAAAGCGGCCAGUGAAGGCAGAGUCCUGACCCUAGCUGCUCUUUUACUGAACCAUUCUGCCUCCGAGACUCGGUACCUGUUAGACUAUACAACGCAGUUGGCUGGCCAACGCUCGACUCCUCUCAUCAUAGCAGCAAGGAACGGCCAUGACAAAGUGGUCCGUCUUCUUCUGGACCACUACGGAGUGGACACCGAGCAGACUGGGACAGUCAGGUUUGACGGGUAUGUGAUCGAUGGAGCCACGGCUCUUUGGUGUGCAGCAGGUGCAGGACACUUCGAGGUUGUGCGGCUUCUCGUGUCUCAUAAUGCCAACGUGAACCACACCACCCUGACCAACUCCACCCCGCUCAGGGCAGCCUGCUUCGACGGUCGUCUGGAUAUUGUGCGCUACCUGGUGGAGCAUAACGCAGACAUCAGCAUUGCUAAUAAGUACAACAAUACCUGUUUGAUGAUAGCUGCUUAUAAGGGACAUGCAGAUGUAGUGCGCUUUUUGCUAGAGCAAAGUGCCGACCCAAACGCGAAGGCUCACUGCGGCGCUACGGCGCUUCACUUCGCUGCCGAAGCCGGCCAUCUGGAAAUUGUGAAUGAGCUGGUGCAGUGUCAGGCAGCUAUGGUGGUGAACGGCCAUGGCAUGACUCCACUCAAAGUGGCGGCUGAAAGCUGCAAGGCGGAUGUUGUCGAGUUGCUUCUCUCCCAUGCUGACUGCGACGCUCACAGCCGUAUCGAAGCGCUAGAGCUGCUUGGAGCUUCGUUUGCUAACGACCGGGAGAAUUAUGACAUCCUCAAGACAUACCAUUACUUGUAUCUGGCCAUGCUGGAACGCUACCGCGACCCCGAGAGGGUCAUCGCCAAAGAGCUCCCACCACCCGUGGAAGCUUAUGGAGGUCGCAUGGAGUGUAGGACGCCUCUCGACCUGGAGGUCAUCAGGCAGGACCGCGACGCACUGCACAUGGAAGGUCUGAUGGUCCGUGAGCGCAUCCUGGGAUCGGACAAUGUAGACGUUUCGCAUCCCAUCAUAUACCGCGGUGCCGUCUACGCCGACAACAUGGAGUUUGAGCAGUGCAUUAAGCUGUGGCUACAUGCCUUACACCUGCGUCAACGAAGCAGCCGUAACACACACAAGGACCUCUUGCGCUUUGCACAAGUUUUUUCGCAGAUGGUGCACCUGAAGGAGCCAGUUCAAGCAGUUGACGUUGAGCAGGUGUUGUGCUGCAGUGUUUUGGAGAUCCGGCGUAGCAUGGCACGCUUGGAAACAGCCUCCGAGGCCGAGCGUCCUGCCAGCACUGACAAUUACGAGUCAAACGUUUUUACAUUUCUCUACCUGGUGUGCAUUUCCACCAAGACACAGUGCGACGACGAGGACCGCGCACGCAUUAACAAGCAGAUUUACGAUCUGAUCCGACUCGACCCACGCACCCGAGAAGGUUCGUCGCUGCUCCAUCUGGCCGUCAGCUCCAGCACUCCAGUGGACGAUUUCCACACCAACGAUGUGUGCAGCUUCCCCAACGCCCAAGUCACUAAGAUACUGCUGGACUGUGGUGCGCAGGUGAACUGUGUGGAUAAUGAAGGAAACAGCCCUCUGCACCUCAUAGUGCAGUACAAUCGGCCCAUCAGCGACUUCCUCACCCUACAUGCCAUCAUUAUCUGUCUGGUGGAGGCUGGAGCUCACACUGACAUGACCAACAAGCAGAAGAAGACCCCACUGGAGAAGAGCACCACGGGAGUCUCGGAGAUCCUCCUGAAAACGCAGAUGAAAAUGAGUCUAAAGUGCCUGGCUGCUCGGGCUGUCCGACAGCAUCACAUCCUGUACCGAGACCAGAUUCCUAAAAGCCUAGAAGAGUUUGUUGAGUUCCACUAAUCUGUAUCUUUGUUUCCGUUUCUAAAAGUUUUUAGCUGAUCUGAUGGUGCUGGGAAUUCUUGAUCAAGUUUUUUAAAAAACGUUUUAAAAGUGCUAGUCACCUGGAUCUGAAAAUGGCUCUUACAUCUGUUGUACAAAUCUUUGUCUCGACUGAUCAGUGAUUUGUCCUGAUUUCUCCUCCCGAAAAAGAUUAUGUACUCACGUGAUGCACAUUUUCUAGGCUGGCAAUAGUUUACACUCACCCAUGGUAUUGAACUAACUCAUCGAUGCUUGUUGUGGGGCCAUAAAUAAGCAACUGAACUGAACUGUCAUAUGUGAAUGACAUCUGAGAGGACUGCUUUUUACUGACUGCACUUUGCUUAGGAUGAUUUAAUUUAGUUUUGUUUUAUUAACAUAUUUUAUUAAAAAUUAUUUAAAACAUCAUCAGAAGAUCUAUUUUUUAAGGAAUCUUUAACAGAGGAAUGGUGUACUAAAAUCUAAACCUUUGUUGCCAGGCUGUAUACAAAUGUCUUUUAGAAAUAAAUACACUAAUCUGUGCCUGUCACAGGCUCCUUUAAAUUUUGUAGUUCUUUGGUUUCUCAACUUUCUAUCAUGCCACUGUAAAGUCUUGUGUGGCCUUAUUCUGGAUGGUGCUUGGAUUAUUUUUUUUUUUUUUUUUCUUUUGAAAUUAAAGUCUGAGAAAGCAGCAGCAUGUGGCGUGUGGCUCUCUAUGCCAGACAGAUGUAUUUGAGAACUGGUGAUUGUAAUGAGGUUAUACUUAUAUUUUUAAUCAAAUAAGUCAAUAUUAAGCCAACAGUAAAUACUUUGUCAUUUCUGCUUCGCACAGUUCACCAUGUCCUUCAUUCAUGAAUUAUUCACGUUCUCAGUAGACUCUGUUAGAUACACAUUUAGCUGCAAUAACGAGUGUGUGGUUUGUACGCUUCGUCCAUUCGUAUGGAAAUGUUUAUUCAUAUUCUCAUAUGCAUGGAGAAUGCAGUGUGAUGUAUUUCACCAUAACGUGCUCACCUUGUAGUACCAUAGCGUUUUAUUUUUUGUAACCAAUGCUUUUAAGCUGGUUAAGCUCCACUUUGAAAGUGGGAUUCAUGCAUAGGCUGCUUCCACCUAAAUUUUUCCAUUCAGCAUCCACUGAGUCAACUUGUAGCUAACAAUCAAUAAUUUUCUUCUUCUUCAAUAGUUGAUGUGUUUCCACACAGCCAACAUGCUAUUUUGUGACUCCUGCCUUUCUGAUCU